AUGUUUUCUUCCUUUCUCUAUUUUCUUCUUUUUUUCCUCAUUCUUUCAUUCUAUAUUUUCUUAUUAUCUGUCAUUUUUCUUUCGUUCUUUCUUUUUUUCUUUCUAUCUUUCUUCAUUAUCUCUUCUUUCCCUGUAGCUCUCUUACGCUUUCGUUUAUUAUCUCAUAUAUACUUUCUUUCUUUCUUUCUUUCUUUCUUUCUUUCUUUCUUCCAUCUCUCCGCCUCUUCUUUAUCCCAUAUAUACUUUCUUUCUUUUUCUUUCUUUCUUUCUUUCUUUCUUUCUUUUCCUUCAUUCCAAGUCUUUUUUCCAUGUAGUUCUCUCUCUCUCCUUAUCCCAUAUAUACUUUCUUUCUUUUUCUUUCUUUCUUUCUUUCUUUCUUUCUUUCUUUCCAAGUCUUCCUUCUAUGUAGUUAUCUCUCUCUCCUUAUCCAGUAUAUACUUUCUUUCUUUCUUUCUUUCUUUCUUUCUUUCUUCAUUCCAAGUCUGCCUUCCAUAUAGCUCUCUGACUCUUCCGUAUCCCAUAUAUACUUCUUUCUUUCUUUCUUUCUUUCUUUCUUUCUUCAUUCCUAGUCUUCUUUUUUUUUCAUGUAGCACUCUUUCUCUUUCGUUUCCUUAUCCUAUAAUUACUGUCUUUCUUCAUUUUUUUAUUCCGUUUCCAUUUACUUGUUCUAUAUUUUAUUUAUCUAUUUAUUCCAAGUCUCCUUUCUUUUUUGUAAAUUGUUUUUUUUCGUUCCUUUUUUUCUUUUCUUUGCCAUUCUUUUUGUCUUUUCUUUCUUUUUUUUUUUUUGUUGCUUUCUUUCCUACUAUUUAUUAUCUUUUGUUCGACUUUCUCCCUUGUCUUUUUUCUCUUUCUUCAUCUAUCUUAAAUGUAUUUUCUUUAUUUUCUCUCUUUCUCUCUCUUUACAAAUGUAUUUGUAACUGCAGUUUCUUUUCAUUUUCCUUCAUCAUCGUCUUUAUAUUUCCCUCUCCUAUGUUGUGUCUCCUCCUCCUCCUCCUCCUCCUCAUCUUCUUUUUCUUUCUCUCCUCCUCCUCCUCUUCAUCCUCUCCUCCUUCUUCUCUCACACCCCUUUUCGCUCUCUCUGUAGUUUUCUUGAGUAGACAUUUUUGCUUUUUUAAAUAUUCGAAUAUACAUUAUACUUUGCAGUCCACAAAACCUGCUGUUCUUUCAUUUAUUCAAAAUCUAUUUCGUAUCUUCCUCGCGACUCCUAACUCUCUCUCUCUCUCUCUCUCUCUCUGUUUAUCUGUCUGUGUUUUGCUCUCUUUAUCUGUCUCUUUGUCGCUCACUUUCUCUCUCUCUCUCUCUGUUUCUCUUUAUUUCUCAGUAUUUUUUUAUCUUUUUCUUUUUCUCUCUUUCUCAGUCUUUCUUUUUCUUUCGCUCUCAGUUCAUCUUUUUCUUGCUCUCUCUGUCAGUCUGUCUAUCUUUUGCUUUCUCUCUCUCAGUCUGCCUAUUUCUUGCUCUCUUUUUGCAGUUUAUGUACAUAUUUUUCUUGCUCUCGCUCUCUGUCAAUCAUUUUUCUUCCUCUCUCUGUCUCUCUCUCAGUCUAUCUUUUUCUUGCUCUCUCUCUCUCUUUCUCGGUGUAUCUAUCUUUUUCUUGCUUUCUCUCUCCCCCCUCCCCUUUCUCUCCCCUCCCCUCCCUCUCUCUCUCUAUCUAUCUAUCUAUCUAUCUAUUCUUUUCUUACCCUCUUUCUCCCUCUAUACUCCUUAGAUCUCUCAGCUGUGCCUCUCAAUCGUUUCCCCCUGACCUAUACUAAGACUGACAUUCACGCGCUCUCUUUUCCUAUCAAGCUAUUUAUUCUCAAUUGCUGUUUUUUUUACUGUAAUGGGAUAUUUGGCUUUUGUUGUAUGAAUACAUUAUGGGGUCUCUCGAGCUAA